AUGCCACUAAAAGACCAACACAAAUACCGGUCCGUGGACCCCAACACCCGUCCUACGCGCCCGGUCCAGCCCGCUGCUCCGUUGCCCAAGGGGGUUGAUGAUAUUCGGAAGACGAAGGAGUAUAAGGCUGCUGCGCGGAGAUGGACGGCGACUAUUGUCGGACUUCCGAUUGUGAUGUACACAUCGUGGAUUCUUUAUGAGAGGCUUUAUGGUGGCAAGAGUCCUAAGAGGCUUGCUGAUCUGGCGAAGAAGAAGGAUGAAUAG